AGACUUUAGGUUAGUAGCGCUAGGUCGUAAUAGCUAGUUACUGAGUGAGUAUAACACAGACAUCUUGGAUGUAUUGAAUGGCAGACUACUACUUCAAAACAGGUUUGCAACAUGACAUCACACCCAGUUUCCAUGACCAAUUUUGAAAGUUACUGUUUAUACUACUGAAUGACCUCACGCUGUGAUGUCACCUUUUUUGUCUGAUCUGACUUUGAAUUGUCUCAAUUUCACUGUAAUGAUCCUUUGAUCUUUAAACUUUGGUAAUGGGUGAAGGACAAGACCUGAAAAGAUGCAAAAGGAUGGGAGAGUAAAUGAUGUGUUAAAGAAUUUAGAAAAGGGCAUACAUUCCUGUCAUGGAGGCCAUAAACUGUCAUUUACAACCAACCAAAAAGUAAAUUCAACACGAAGCAAUAAGUUAAACAUCCAAAACAUUGAAGUGAACUUUUCAUACCUCUAGUUUUGAAAUCAUCCCAGCCCCUGUCCUCCACAGGAAUAGUAACACAAAAUAAACCAUGGCUAAGCAGAUAACCAAUGACCCCGGAAAACCACCAGCCAUGAAAAGUCAAGGUGGUCGAAACCCUCUUUUAGAAGUCUCCACCCAUGCAGGAGUUGCUAAGAUCUUCAUGAAAGAUAGGGAAAAGAUCUCUAAGGCCCCAAAAGAAACCCUGACCAGCAGUGGUAAUACAGACUUGGAAUUUAGAAAGGCAAAGGAGACUGAGUUUAUGAAGGAAAUCCAAAAAACCAUAGAGGAGCAGGUUGCAGCCGUAAGGGGUCGUCGUCGUCUUGGCAAGGACUGUCUGUCAGAAGAAGCUCGAACAGAUAUACUGCAGAAGAGACUGCAUCGCGACACCACAGGAGAACACGAGGAUAUUAAGGACAAUCUCUUUGCUGUUGGUCAAAGAAAACUCACCUCCUGGCGACUGUUGCGCAAUGCGGGACAGGGACCAGAAGGUGUACCACAUUUCCACUUUUACAGCUCCUUUAAUCUGGAGUUCAGAAAGCGAGUCUUUAAACUAUUUCAGCAGGCAGCACGCAAGGUUGUGAUCAGGUGUCGCGCAAACCGUCGAUUGGUCUGUUUAAGGGAGUUAAUGAGGAACUACGAGUUUGUUGAAGAGACUGAGAAAAGUGACGACAUUUCACCAAAAACUGUCUUUACAUUCGCUUUUCCUAUUUUCUCGUCGCUGGAGGAGCCACUGUCUCCUGGUGGAUUGGACAAACUGAUUGUGCCCCCUGUAGAUUCCAAUGUCACGGUACGAGUUCCUUUCUUCAAGCUUGAAAUUCCUCUGCACUAUCAACUAAUGGGCUACCAGCCUGUCUCCACCUGGGAGGCGUUUACAUCUUACAUCCCCACAGAAUUAGCCAGACCACUUCGCACUGAGAAGCCAGCAGCUAAUGAGGAAGAGGAGUCUAUGGAGGCUGAAGACAGGGAUGAAAGCGUUGAUGUGCCUCCUCAAACAGAUGAAGUCGAGGGAGGCUCAGAAAUUCCAAAUACAAAUGAGACGACUGGUGUCGACUCUGCGGUUGAAGAAUCUCACAAUGCCACAAGUACAACUGAGGAAUAAGGUGGAGCACACAAAAUGUAACCACAAAA